AUGCCUCCAAAGUUAGCAGCGUGCGAUCCGUGCAGGCUAUCCAAACUGGCCUGCGAUCAUGCGAAGCCCGUAUGCUCGAGAUGCCGCGCCAGGGACCAAGCCUCCCGCUGCGCGUACCGCGACAGGCCGUUCAAGAAACGGAGCAAGCGGCGGCAGCAGGAGACGUCGGGCUCCGCGAGCGGCGUGAUUAGUAGCUCGUCGAUUGCCACUGACACUGCCAUUCCCACGGCCACCUCGUCGGCCGCCGCCGCCGCCGCCGUGGCGCCGUUGACGAAGCCGAGACGGUAUCCGAAUCCGGGAUAUCUCGGGUCUCUGAGCUACACCACUCUCUUCUACCAAAUCUCAUCCGCAGGCGUCGACAAUGAGAUCGGGAAGGACACUCUGAGAGAGCCCCCCUGUCGUAUCGACAGCGCGACGAUCUCUCAAGGAGCGAACUUGAUCGAAGAGCUCGUAAACCACUCCGAGCUGUCUCGAUGGAUCUCGUUGGUGAACUGCUGGCUCGGCAAAGGAGUUAAUCUUGCUUUGGCAGGACCUUUCACGAAGCAAUGCAUCGGGACAGCGCAGUUGAUCAUAAUUGACCAAUGCCUCGGGAAAGCACGUCAGGACUUCGAGAACGUGUCGAGGAGUUUAUUCUCGAACUCGUGUCGCUCGCCCUCCUUCAGCGCCGCCGAUACUAUUGAUGAAUUCGCACUGCAUCUUGGUCCGACGCAGCCUCGGUGGGAGGCUUUGGGUAUUUUCUUCGCGGCUAUGACGAGAGCUGCCAUUGAUUUGGUCACUUUCGAUCACUUAUAUGUGACCGCAGAGGAAAGACGAUCAGUUCAGCGAAAGGCAAUGCAGUACUCGGAUCGUUGCUUGGAGUGGAGUCUGUCUCUCGACUGCCUGAAUGACCUCCAACUGUUCUUGCAAUAUGAAAACUUCAUCCUUCACUCUUUUGUCAAUGGAGAUCAAAGCUAUCUGUCUUGGAGAAGAUUAGGCGACGUCGCAAGCUCCCUCUUCGCCCUCGGCUACCACGAACAGGCCCGAGGUGCUCCUGAAGCCCCCGAAUUUCUCAGGAGCCUUAGACAAGCAGCCUUUGCACGAACCUACUCGGCCGAUAAGAACGUUUCCAUCUUCCUAGGUCGUCCCCCGCGUAUCCUGAGAAAGUACUGUCCGAUAAACAUAUGGGACUGUCUGUCUCGCGACAACAGGGCGCAGAGCUUGGAGGCCUUACAGCUCCAAUUCGAGCAGACUCCGGACGGAAAGUUCGACUACAUGGCAGAUACUCGCUGGUCUGCACUCUGCGCCGGGCUGAAGGAAGAAACUCUGGAACUUUUCAAGGAGAAAGAUCCCGAGGAAAAGAUUAGACAAGCCAACAUCAUCGAAGAGGACGCCCAGGCAAUAUGGGACGCCCUCCCCAAUCGUUUCCGCCUCGAAUCAGCCCUGAAGCAAUACGAAGACCGGUCUGCCGUAGAGCGCGACUUCAUGGUCAGCGCAAAGCUCAAUCAUCUCCACGUCCUCUUCCUGCUUCGGUUCGCACUCACCCGGCGGAUGCAAGAACCAGACACCCAGCUCAUCGACCUUUCAGCCAACAUGCUGAAGGUGAUUGUAGAGUCCGUUGUAUUGAAGAACAAUCUGGCGAAUUCCGGCACCUCGGUCGUUUGGAGGGUCGCUUACUACGGUCUGGCAUCCGCCGGAGUACUAUGCGUCGCUCUGCUCAACCGCUCUCUGAUGAGUCAGAAUUCUACUCUAGACCUGGCCUCCAUCAUACAGGACCUGAAUGUGCUGGUCGCUGAGGUUGAGACGGGAGCUCUGCUUCACUUCGACGAUCCUAACUACGCUUUAUUGGCAGAAGCCACGAGCACUGUGAAGAGCGUCGUAGGCCGGUUCAUCUCAGGCCAGUUCUCUGCAAACCCUGCCGGCGCGUCAUUCGAGGGGAACAAUCCGUCUCUGGAUAUCAACGAACAUUGGGACCCAUGGGAUGGUUGGAACACGGGCGAUUUUGAGACUGAUUUCUGGAUGAGUAUUGCUGAGCACCCGUCAAUGGCAUGA